AUGGUCAACUCCUGUUGUGGCUCCAUCUGCUCUGGCCAGGGCUGUGGCCAAGAGAACUGCUGCUGUCCUACCUGCUGCCAGACUACCUGCUGCAGGACCACCUGCUGCCGUCCCAGCUGCUGCGGUUCCAGCUGCUGUCGCCCCAGCUGCUGCAUCUCCAGCUGCUGCCGCCCCUCCUGCUGUGGUUCCAGCUGCUGUCGACCCACCUGCUGCCAGACCACCUGCUGCAGGACUACCUGCUGCCGCCCCAGCUGCUGUGGUUCCAGCUGCUGCCGUCCCUCUUGCUGUGGAUCUAGCUGCUGUGGUUCCAGCUGCUGUCGCCCCAGCUGCUGCAUCUCCAGCUGCUGCCGCCCCUCCUGCUGUGGUUCCAGCUGCUGUCGACCCACCUGCUGCCAGACCACCUGCUGCAGGACUACCUGCUGCCGCCCCAGCUGCUGUGGCUCCAGCUGCUGCCGUCCCUCUUGCUGUGGAUCUAGCUGCUGUGGUUCUGGCUGCUGCCGUCCCUCUUGCUGUGGUUCUAGUUGCUGUGGUUCUGGCUGUUGCCGCCCCACCUGCUGCCAGACCACCUGCUGCAGAACCCAAUGCUACCGCCCCAGCUGCUGUGUGUAG